UCGAAACAUGUUCGCAUCGAUUGAAUGUGUCAAACUCGUAUGUAUAUAAUCUUUUAUAUUAUUUAACUAUAUUUUUUUCAUAUUCCUUUGAGUUUCCAUUUCUAAACCUCGCGAAGAUCUUGCUGAUAUAUCGGAUAAAAUCCGGCAUGUUUUCUUCACAAGAUACAAAUGAUGUAUCGAUAACGGUAUCAUGAGUACGAUAAGAUUCUCUUCAACAGAAUUUUGAUGUUAUUGGAAUUAUUACAAAGAGAUUUUAUAAAACGGGUCAGUUUCAAGAAUAGCGAUUAUUAACGAAAGGAGUAUAAAGGAUAUGGAAACUAUGGAGCUAUACAAAAGACUGCCCGCGAACGGAUACAAAGAGCUCGCCGGGUAUCACCGCGGUGAUUUUUGCUCCAAUUGCGGACAAAACGAGUACGAGGACGCGUUGCGCAGCAUCGCGACACGAAAAAGGCGAACGAGGAGGUACGAAAAACACUGCCCCUCAUGCCACUGUCCGCCCGAGAGACGAAGAUCUCCAUCCGGUGGACCAAGGACUUCGGAAAAUGUUGAAGCUACGCUAAAUCGAUACGAGCGUGUCUUUACGGAACCGAUCAGCUCGGCCAUCAAGAAGUCGCAGAGCAGUCCUCUGUCGCAGAAGGUAUACUGGCAUGAUUGCCAGACUGGUGCCCAUUCUCGUUGCCCCAGAAGAUCGCUGCAGCAAGCCCGUCGUCAACGGAGAGCAGAAUACGACAGAUACUUAUGUAGGAUGAAGGGGGACACUGUGAAUUCGGAACUGAUCAAUGACGAUGUCGAAGCUUGUUCCAAGUAUGCGCAAUCGGUACCAAUCAAGAGUUCUUUGAAGAGGCAUAAUCACUGCAGAGAGCCUGAGGGAUCACCGGACGAGCAAGAAUAUUCAGAUGCUGAGAGCGAGAUAUCAACGAAGUACGCUCCAUGCAUUCGUCAAUCGAAAAAGAGAGAAGAGAAGGAAUCGCGCAUAAUAAAUCCACAUAUCGGAUCGAGGCGUUAUCAAGGUGUAGGUGGGGACGGUGAAUACAUCACGGAAAUGAGGAACAUCGAGAGCGACGUCGACUGCCGGCGAAAUGCACGCGAGUAUCAAGAAACGCGAAAACUUGUUUUGGAACUUGAGGAGUUGGAGAGACUGAAAAUGCGGGGUGAUGGCGAAGCGAUAACGAGGGUAAACGAGGACGAUAAGAAGCUCGACAGACGGAGACACGAUGUCGUCGCGAGAAUGACGAAACAGAAGAGAUCCGGCGACGCAGCUGCGAUGAACGAACAAUCCGCGUUGAUUAAGGAAUCAAUUGAUGGAUCCGCGAAGAAACUUAACGAAUCCGCGCAUUUACCGAAGAUGGAUCUGCAUGCCACCAAGACUCGCAUUUUAGAAUCGAUCGAUCAUAUGCUCGGUACCAUGGACGAUACAAAAAGAGAGAAUGACGCACUAAUACAACAAGAAGAAACAGAACAAGAGACCAUCGAGAAGAUAACUCGUGAACUCCAAGAGAACGGCUGGCAGUUAUUGUUCAAUGCUUUGACGAUACAUAGGAAUUCGACAGAUACCGGUAAAAGGACCGUUCGUCUAGAAUGUUUGAAUCAUAUUCGACAACAACUCGACAAACUCUAUGCCCUCGAAUCGACUUUAGACAAUUGCCCGCUUAAAUUACAAUCUCUAUUGAACAACGAAAUAUUAUAUAACGAAGAACAUCAACAAACACAACAACUGGAGCAUAAGAUUGCGGAUCCUUGAAUUUGCCCAAAUGAUUGGUUUGCGUCUUCUUUUUUAUGAAAUCUGUCAAAGAACUAUGAUAAAUUUCAAAGCUCCAUGCAUAGGUUUU